CUACCUUGGGUAGGUACAAUACAGUACAGUGCACCUUGGGAAGUUACGAAGCUGCAACCACUAUCCGGCUGCUAGGGGUAGUGACUAGGGACCCUUAGCCGUUGCUGGGUCAACAGUCUUUAUUGUCUUCCCAGGAGGUCCACAGUCGAACUUUUUCAUAGACCAUAAAAUAUAUCCACUCCACACAUCCAUCUCUCCAUAUCUACACCUAAACUAUGCACACUCUUUCAUAAAAGACUUUGUCGCAUUCCUUGAUUACACAAAGUUUUCUACAUCUCCAGAGUUCAUCCUCAAAACAAUCGCAACUCGCAUAUUCAACCAACUACGGUUACAACAAAGUACUACCACAACCUACUAUUCAAUCUUGCUUCUCUACCUUACCUACCUACUACAUACCUCGCGCUGCGCAACUCUACAAUCCACUCGAUCUCGAUACAAUGGGUGCCCCUCUAACUACCAAGGACGUCAACUCAUCGGUCCAGACCCAGGACGCGGCCGCCAUGGACAACGGAAAGCCCAGUAGCGCCCAGACCUUGGAACACCAUCGCCAGGUCCUGCAUUCUAAGAUGGAGGAAGAGAAACAGCAGGAGUACGUCUCUCCGUCAGACAACAUCAUGAGCCCUUGCACCGCCAAGCUUAGCGCACUGAAGGGACGAGCCGUCGGCAAAGCCAAGCCCAAGUCUCUUUUCGCCCAGACGUCCGCUAAGAAGUUCGAGGGCAAGGAUAUCUUCGGCAGCUCCAAGGCCGUCGUACCUCCAGCAGGCUCCCAAUCCGGAAUCUAGCGGGCUAAUGCUAGCAAUCUCCUAACCUGGUUCUCCUCGGUUUUUCACUGGACGGCGGCGUUACGGAUUUCCCUCUUGUACUACAAUGGCUUGAUUUUGCUUUAGGAUGGAUGGUAUAGAGACCUCACCAUGGCGUUGGUUGAGGGGGUAACUCUAGGGUAAUCGGGGGUAAUCUUAGGGCAGGGUUGUAUGACGAUAACGCAUACUUUGAUGGAAUGGACAUCACCAAUGAUUCAUGAAUAAUACCACCGCCUUAUUUCUUCUUAGGC